GAUUCGAGAAACAGCCCAUCGUAUCAUUCGAGUGAACGAUUAUCUUCAGCACAUAGGAUUUGCCGUCACUCAAAAUGAAAAUUCUAUUUGCUUUCCUUCUCGUGGCCCUUGCAAGCGCCGAUUUGACCGAAAAGCGCCAAUCCUCUCUGAAGGCACUGGACCAACUUCGUGCCGCUAUUCCCGACUUUCAAAAUGCUCAAGAUUCGGCCAUUGUCAGGAUAUCCGAUGCAAAGCAGAAUACUUCAAUCACAUUGAGCAAUUUCUAUCACAGCGUGUUCGAAAUCAAAACGUCUUCGCUGGUGAAUAUCCUGGAAGAGGAGGUUGAAGCGAUGUCCUACGGCGUAGAAGUCGAUGACUGGUGCUGGGAAAGUAACAUCCCGAUGCUCGAGGGUAUCAUGAGUUGGGUAGGAAAUGAUUUCAGCGAAUGCACUCGUCAGCUGGACGAUUCGAUUGCCGAUGUGGUCGCCAGUAUCUACAGCCGUUUCCAGGGCGAUGAAGAAGAAAUCAAGAAAUUCGGCUUACUCGAAGUCUUCCUGAGAAGGAACAUCAUCAACAACCCACAGGCCAUCGUUGAGGCCAUCAGUCAGUUGAAGUUCGAUGUUGGCGGUUCCGUUCCCGAGUUUGAGGAAAUAGUUUUGCAAUUCGAGCAAGACUUAGCAGCUAAACUGCCGGGCUACUCUGGAUGUCUCACCAGCAGGGUCAAUCUACGCAAACGCCAGAUCGAUCAACUGAAGGAUGAAACUAAGAGAUGUCUGGAAGAGCAGAAAAAGUAUAACUGAAGAGUGCUUACAAUUUUUUAAGAUGUAUUCUGACAUGCUUUUCUUCUGUUAUCGAGACUACAUUUGAGUGAAAAUUAUUCUAAUAAAUACAGUUUGUUCACAUCGAUUAAA